AUGCCCACAGUGUCGACACACUACUUGGGGAAUCUACCAUCCGAUCUGUAUACGACAGCCUUAGGAGUGGAUUUUGGCAGGGUUGUGGACAUUGGGUUGGUUGCUGGUUGGGCGGUGGCCGCUGGUUGUGCGGUUGUUGGUAGUGGGUUGGGUACUGGCUGGGUGUUGGCAGCUGGCUGUGCGGUUGCCAAUGGUGGGUUGGUUGCUGGCUGGGUAGGGAAUCUGCCAUCCGUUCUGUAUACAACAGCCCUGGAAGUGGCAGCCGAUGAGGUUGUGGGAGCUGGGUUGGUUACUGGUCAGAUUGGGGCAGCUGAUUGUGCGGUUGUUGAUAUUGUGUUCACCGCCGGUUGGACUGUGGAUCCUCGACCCUUGGCCUGUGUUAGGACAUACGAACAUCUAAUACAAUAUGAAAGAAUUGGGUACAUACCAUGA